AUGGCGUCCAAUUUAAAUCAAGAUGAAUUGCCUUGACUAUCUGAUGUUAUUAGUGCUGACCCAGAGGUAAGACCUUCAGAAAUAAAUUUUGAUGCCAUUAAGCUUGAUCUCUCACAUAAAUUUUCCUUAGUUGCUUCGAACAAUGAGACAAGCAGUUUGGAACCCACAGAUUAUCUCCAAGUUUAUCUUCUAGUGAGACCAUUCACACAAUCAGAAAAAGAACAAGAGACUCAGGUUUGUGUUGAGUUUUUUAGACUCCAGACUAUUAUGCUGAAAGAUCCUCAAAGCAUCCCUGGUAGGUUAAGUGAGAAAAGUUCUACGCAGAUGGCACAGAAAUUCAGUUUCUCUAAGAGGGUUUUUGGCCCAGAAACUACACAGAAGGAAUUCUUCCGAGAUUGUACUCUGCAGCAAAUAAAAGACCUCUUGAAAGGAGAAAGUCGGCUGAUUUUUACUUAUGGGCUAACAAAUUCUGGAAAAACAUAUACUUUUCAGGGCAUGAAAGAGAAUGUUGGCAUCCUGCCUCGGACUUCGAAUGUACUAUUUGACACUCUUCGGGGAAGACUAUAUACGAAAAUGAAUCUUAAACCACAUAGAGCCACAGAAUAUUUACAAUUGUCACCAGAUCAAGAGAAAGAAGAAGUUACUAGCAAAAGUGCAUUGCUUCGGCAAAUUAAAGAGGCUGCUAUGCAUCAUGACAGUUAUGAUGCUCUUCAUGGGAGUUCGACGAACUCUUUGAGUACUUUAGAGUUUGAAGAAUUUAUGAAAGAUUGUGAACAGUCCUGCUUGAACAUGGAUGAUAGCAUAAAGUUUUCUAUUUGGAUUUCUUUCUUUGAGAUUUACAAUGAAUGUAUUUAUGACUUGUUUGUUCCUGUAUCUUCUAAGCUCCUAAAGAGAAAUAUGCUAUGCCUUUCUCAGGAUGUAAAGGGCUAUUCUUUUAUAAAAGUGCCUUUACCUUUACCUUUACAUUGGAUUCAAGUGUGUGAUUCCAAAGAAGCAUACAAACUUUUAAAACUAGGAAUAAAGAAUCGGAAUGUUGCCUUUACUAAACUGAACAGUGCUUCAAGUAGAAGUCACAGCAUAUUUACUAUACGAAUAUUGCAGAUCAAAGAUUCUGAGAUGCCUCAUGUAACACAAGUCAGUGAACUGUCAUUGUGUGAUCUUGCUGGUUCAGAAAGAAGCAUGAAGACACAAAAGGAAGGUGAAAGGUUAAGAGAAACUGGGAACAUCAACACUUCUUUAUUGACUCUGGGAAAGUGUAUUAAUGUUUUGAAAAAUAGUGAAAAGUCAAAGUUUCAACACGUGCCUUUUAGGGAAAGUAAACUGACUCACUAUUUUCAAAGCUUUUUUAAUGGUAAAGGGAAAAUAUCUAUGAUUGUCAACAUCAGUCAGUGCUGUUUUGCCUAUGAUGAAACACUCAAUGUGUUGAAGUUCUCAGCCAUUUCACAAAAGGUUAUCGUUCCAGAGUCUUUAAAUUCCUCUCAAGAGAAAUCUUUUGGAUCUAUCAGAUCUUCUCAAGAUGUAUCACUAGACAUUAAUAAUUCAGAAAAUAAAGUAUUAAAUAUAAAAAGAUCCACUAUUGCAUGGGAUCUCCUAGAUGAAGAUUUGGUUGAAGAUCUAGAAAAAAAUGAAGAAAAGCCAAGUAUGGAAACUGAACUAACUGAUGACGAUCUAGAUAAAACAGUAGAGGAAGCCAAUAUAAAAAUAAAAGAAACACAGACCAUGGAUAGCAAAUCUAGACCUGAGAGUUCAACAGAUUCUGGCAGAGCUGACCCCCAGUCAACAAGUUUUGAAGUUUGUAGCAAUGAAGUCGAGGAUGGAUCUGGCGUCAUUGACUCUUGUGAAGUGUCAACAGAAAAUAAUCCAACAACUCGAUUUCCAAAACCCGAGUUAGAGAUUCAGUUUACCCCCUUACGGCCAAACGUAAUGGCAGUGAAACACCCCGGCUGCUCCUCACUAGUGACAGUUAGGAUUCCCAAGGCCCGGAAGAGGAAAAGUAGUGAAAUAGAGGAGAAUUUGGUGAAAUGUGAAAAUAAGAAGAAUGCUACACCCAGAACCAAUCCAAAAUCCCCUUUUCCAGAGUGCAGAAAUUCUCCCAAAAAGGAACAACAGGUUUCCACACAACUUCCAUCUAAGAAAACUUAUUCUUUACAAAUUCAAGCCUACAAUGUUAGUAUUAGCUUGACUACUAAGGAAAAAGAAGAAACGUUACAGAAAUUUGGAGACUUCUUACAACAUUCACUAGCAAUUCUUCAGUCAAAAGCAAAGAAGAUAAUUGAAACAAUGAGUUCUUCAAAGCCCUCAACUGUAGAAGCAAGUAAAGAAAAUGAGUCUCGACCGAAACGGAAAUUGCACACACAGGAAAUUAAAUCUCCUGUUGAUAUAUCUGUCCAAGUGGACGUCGCCUUCGAACCCCUGCACCGUAGAAACGAAUCCAUCCGGAGAGGCGCCGAGCGGAGGUCCUGCUCCGUCAGCUGUUCGGGCGAUCGGGAUGCCACGUCUGGAAGCGACCCGGUCGAGCUCCGUGGGCCUCCGAAGCAGGACCCGCCGUCCCGAGGUGAGCAGAUGACAGCUCCAGAUGCCCACUUGGUCAGCAUCCCCGAAGGGCUCAGCAUGAGGACUAACUGCAAUCCCCUGAUGUUCGGGUUCGGCAUACCUUAG